AUAUCUGUUAGCAUAAUGUUGCUACGGAAGUUGACAAAGGGGCUCUAUGAAAACAGCACGCAGUGUCGCGCUCCGCCCUCAGUCUCUCAGAGAGGAGGUGAAGGUACGAGCUCCUGCGGUCUGAUUGCUGUCACUAUGGCCCGUGUUGAAACAUCCUCCAGCAGGCCGUACCACCUGGUUAUCUUCGGAGCCUCGGGGUUCACGGGACAGUUUGUGGUGGAGGAGGUGGCCCGGACUGCGUCCGAGGGUCCGAAAGGGAACCUGAAGUGGGCCGUGGCAGGCAGGAGCAAGCAGAAACUGGAAAAAGUUCUGGAGCAGGCCGCCGGAGUCCUCAGUAAGCCUGAACUGAGGUCAGAAGUGGACAUAAUUGUGGCAGAUGUAGAAGAGCCAGACUCCCUGGCAGCCAUGUGCAAACAGGCUGUGAUUGUUCUCAACUGUGUGGGGCCUUACAGGUUCUAUGGUGAGCCAGUGGUCAAAGCCUGUGUGGAGAAUGGAGCACACCAUAUUGACAUCAGUGGAGAGCCUCAGUUUCUGGAGAGCAUGCAGCUGGAGUACAACAGCCCGGCAACUGAAAAAGGUGUGUACAUCAUAGGGAGCUGUGGAUUCGACUCCAUACCUGCAGAUAUGGGAGUCCUUUACACCAGGGACCAGUUCAAGGGUACACUGACUGCAGUGGAGAGCUUCCUGACUCUCAGCUCAGGAGCUGAUGGCGGAUGUAUCCAUGAUGGCACUUGGCAGUCGGCCGUCUACGGUUUGGCCGACAGCCACAAGCUCCAGAGUCUCAGGAGGAAGUUUAAUCACAAGCCUCUCCCUACUGUUGGCUCUAAGCUUAAACGCAGGGGAGCCUUGUUCUUCAGUAAUGAGAUCCAGCAGUAUACGGUGCCCUUCAUGGGCUCUGAUCCCUCCGUUGUGAAGAGAAGUCAGCGCUUCUUAGUGGAGGAACAUCAGGCCACACCAGUUCAGUAUGGAGCGUAUGCAGGUAUAGGAGGUAUCGGGAACAUUAUCAAGCUGAUGUUUGCUGGCAUGAUGUUCUGGUUCUUGGUCAAAUUCAGUUUUGGACGCAACCUGCUCAUCAAGCAUCCAGAGUUCUUCUCCUUUGGACUCUUCUCCAAGGCCGGACCAAGUAGAAAGCAGAUGGAGGCUUCAUCUUUCCAGUUUGCCUUCUAUGGAGACGGCUACACAGAGGGACAGGACCCCUCCCAAGGGAAACCUAACGGCAAGAUCCGCACACUGGUUCAGGGACCAGAGUGUGGAUAUGUGGCCACGCCCAUUGCCAUGGUACAGGCUGCUCUAACAGUCCUCAACGAGUCCACGGCCUUGCCCAAGAAGGGAGGAGUAUAUACUCCAGGAGCUGCCUUUGCAAAAACCACACUCAUCGACCGCCUCCACAAACACGGCAUCCAGUUCUCUGUCAUCUAAAGUUUGUCCCCCUCUCUGAUGCAUUACUCCAAGUUUUUCUCAGCACUUACUAAUAUGCAUCGUAACAAGAAGUUUCAGAUUAAGUUCUAACACCAUUUUUGAUGGUACUUUCGGCGUUCAUCCUUUUCAUUUGGUCAGAAAACAUGGUCAUUAAACUUCUGCUUGUUGGACAAAUAUUGUAGCUGGUAUUUGGUUGGCUUUGUGUCUUUCAACACAGACAUUUAAGAACAAAAUUGUUAAAUUGCAAUUUAUUCACUGUGCACAAUCCGGUGAUAUAAGGGAAAACAUGCGAAUGGCUGUUUUGUCAUACCAAAGAUUAGUAAGUGACAUUUUGAAAUUAAAUCAUCUAACCGUGUACUCAUCAAAUGAACAAAUUCUCUAAUACUGUAGCCACAUCAUCUGGAUAAAAAUAGUUAGAUGUUGAAAUCAGUGGUACAGAUGUAGUGAACUGUACUAAAAACGUGGAGUGUUCUAAAAAAAAAAAAAAAAAAAAACACUGACUUGGAAAUACUGUCAGCUGUAAGUGUGUAUGAAAAAUAAUCUUUAAAUUGUUGUCCUUGUAACAUACAGUAGCUUUAUAUGCAAAAGGGCCUUACUCACUAAGUAGCACUCUCUUGGUAGCUGUAAACGUGUUGUUCUGGUUCAGUGGAGUAAAGCUGUCAACAGAAAAUGAAGACCUGGUGUGUGUGUGUGCACGUCCAUGCUUACCUUUGCUGGGCUGGCCUGCUUGCUAAAAAUCCUGAUUGCUUUGUUUUUGACAGUUAAUAGUUGCACUAAAUCAUCCUACUUUCUUGAAUCUUUAUUUUUUUGUAGCUGAAUGUUGCAACAAUUCACCUAUCCAACCGUUUGCUUCUGAGCCUUGUCAGAAAAUGCAUCCAGUGUGCACAAAACGGCAUCAGUUACUGUAUGAAACUCAACAGAUUUAGUGAAGUUGUUUAGUUGUGUUUCUGUGGCUUCUAUAAACUGGAAUAGUUUCAUCCACAAAGAUGAUGUCGUUGAUCUCAGUUCAGUUCGAGUGUUGUGCACGUGACGAGCUAUGUUUGGGGGUUCUGUUUUCGUGUGCUUUGCUUUGUAUGGGCUUCAUAAAUAAAGCUCUGCUAAUAGAAA